AUGGAUACCGAGACAAUCACCAAUAUCGACAACACUCUGGAGGCAAUGGAUUCUGAGAUUGCCAAGAUCCGCGAAACGAUCAAAAACUUCCAAAACAAACGACGCCUACUAUCCGCUAGCUUGCUCUCAUCAGAUUACGUUCGUCGAGAAAUCGAAGAAACCAACAACAGAUCCGGAAGCGGCGGGGCAAGAAAAGUCGCGCGAAUGGAAGUUACAACCUUGCUGAGAGAUGCCCGCAAACACCGCGAUACGAAUUACUAUCGUCUAGCAUUUUCGACGACGCUAUUCCCAUGGAAAGACCCGAAUCCGUACAAUGAAUCGCCGAAUCUUUUGGGUUUGAGGAUUGACGUAUGCGAGCGCAAUGGCACAUUCGCGAAACCAUAUUAUGUACUCUUACAGAGGGAGAACGAAUCGCCAACACUACCACUGAGGAAACAGUCAGCAUUGUCAUUUUCGAUAUACCGACAUACUAUUCCGCCAUGCAUCCCAAUGGAGAAAUUAGCGCAUCGAUAUCUCCCACAGUUCAGACCCUCUAGGAGGCAAGGCGCGGCCGAAGAUGAAAUAGAGGCAUUGAAGACCAAGACGAAGACGAGGAAACAAGAUCUAAAUGCGUUUGUGCGACAUUUGCGGAAAGAGUUAGCUGCGUGGUAUGCGCGACGCGAUUCCAUUUCGUGGCUUGAGGAACAAUUGGACCUUACGGAUGUGACUGAUGAGCACGGAACAAGGGGACAGAAGACAAACCCGGCGCAACUUGUGUCACUUGCUGCUACAUCUCUCGAAUCUCGAUAUGUGAGGAUAGAGUGGUCGGAUGGCAGAGUUGGCCGAUUCAAAAUCUCCAAUUCAGGGCUUGUGGAGCGUGCUGUCGUCAUCGGAGAAAAAGGUCGAGAUAAACGAACAGAAUUGAUUUUAAUGGGAGGUGAUAGAGGAGUUGAGUCGCUGGUUGAUCGAUUAUCGAGUGCCCAAUGA